AUGUCUCGUGCACGUACUUCAGAAAUUUGGUGGGCAAGAAUUUUAGAUAGAGUUGACGAAUUUUUACAUAAUUAUCCUAAAUUACCAAAAAAACCGUUAGCGGAAAGCAGUUUGCCUUUAAAAAUUGGCUCAAACAUAACGAUCAAAGAUUAUAAUACUUUUCUUAACAAUCACGGGUCAUCGGGAUUCAAAUUCCAAUUUGAGUUAAAUAGCGACAAUAAAACUGGCAACGUAUAUAUAAUUGGUAUGACUUCAACUGUACACGAGAAUGUUGUUGCCCGGCUUCAAGACUUUUUCAAGGUUCCGAACGGUGGAGUUGUUGACGACCCUCCCAUAAAUGUUUCUGGACAACCUCUUCACUACAAUCCUGAUAAAAAUGAGGUUCAAAUAGCUCCUGAUGUUUAUCCAGAUAUUGCAUUUGUUCCAAGGCCUGCUUUUUCUACCGGAAAUCCACAUGUGCGGAUAAUAUGUGAAGUAGCAGUAGGCCAAAAUAUUGGUUAUUUAAACCAAAAGUGCUUGACUUGGAUGCACGAACAAUACGUUCGUGCGAUUGUUAGUAUUAAGAUUUUAAAAACAAAACUGGGGAUUCGAGAACCUACCACUGGUUAUUUUUAUAGAAAAAUGACGGCGAAACUUAAUCGUCAAGGAAUGGCAACACAAAGAUGGGAUUUUGGAAAUGUUAAAAAAAAUUCAAGAGAUCCUAUCCAUGAUCCUGCUCCCUGCAAUGCACCAAACUUGACACAGUUUCAAAUAAAUAUUCCCGUAGGUGAAGUAUUUUGGGACCCACCAUUUCCCAUCCCACCCGGAUAUGCACCAACAAUCCCUCCUGUUAUUGCAGUCCACAAUUUCACUAUUGACUUGUAUCGGCUACAACGAGUAGCUUUAAAAGCUGAAAUGUGA